CGCGCACGGCUGCCUGCACUUGGCGGGACCCCCGGCCCGGGCCAGGAAGUUUGCAGCGGCCGCAGAAGUUGGCUUUGCGUGACGCGGCGGCGCGGGAUGCAGCGCGAGCCGCCGCUGAGGGUCCGCUCCGGGAACCAGCAGUGGCCGGAGCCCGCCAUGCAGCCGGCCGCAGGAGGGGGCAGCGGGGCCGGGGCUUGGGCCCACAGCCGCGCGGCGCUGGAGCAGCUGGAGACGCAGCUGCGCUGCUCGCGCUGCAUCAAUAUCCUGAGGGAACCGGUGUGCUUAGGAGGAUGUGAACAUAUCUUCUGCAGUAUGUGCGUGGGCGACUGCAUCGGUACGGAAUGUCCAGUGUGUCACACACCUGCCUGGAUUCAGGAUGUGAAGAUAAACAGACAAUUAGACAGCAUGAUCCAGCUAUGCAGCAAGCUUCGGAAUCUGUUACACAACACCCCGGGUUCAGGUCUAGAAGAAAGUAAACCUGAGACAAGAACCUCACGAGAUGAAGAUGAAAACAAGAAAUUCAUAAAAAUGUGGUUCAGCCCUCGUAGCAAGAAGGUCAGAUAUGUCCUAAAUAAAACUUCAGUGCAGACCCAUCCGAAGCCAGUUGAGGAUGAGCAGGUUUAUCAGGCCUUUGAAUUUAGUUCCUCGUCCCUUGAGCAAGAUUCUCCCCAGAGGCCUAAAAAAGUAACCAGGAAAACCAGAAAAAAGCAGAAAAAGAGAAGUUUAGCCGAAAUUAAUCAGGAAUGGGAUUUAGAGAAGGAAAAGCAAAAAGAGGUCCAGGAAUUUGAUCAGAGUACCAGCGAGAAACUUAGAGAAAAGUCAGUCUCAUUCUGUAUUCAGCCCUCUGUUCUCGAGACCCCAGAACUAAAUGGUGGUAUAGAUUUACUGAGUUAUGCCUCUGCAACAGAGGCCAGUCCUGCUGAAAAGGCGAGUGAGAUCUGCCCAUCAGCCGCCAUGCAAGUAGAUUCUGUAGGAGUCGAUAUAGAUAGCGAGGUAGCAUCAUCUCACAUGGAAUCUCUUGGUGAGAAUAGUUUUACAUCAGAGACAUCCCUGCUAUUGAAUAAUGGUGGAACAAGUGAGACGCAGCCCCCUGACUCUUUUGUGGUGCCUGUUUCUAAAAGACCUAGAAGAAGAAGCCAGCAGAAAUCCAGAAGAACAUCUGUCAGUCAAGAUACCCACACAGAGUCGUUACCGCCAUCUGAAGAUAAUGCCUCAUCUCCCACAUCCAAAUGUAUAGUUGAUGACCCAUUAUUAACGGCAAGAAUCAGUGAUGUAUUAAAUGACUCUAUUAGCUUUUCCCCUUCAAAAUCUUCUGGCACUCCAUCAUCAUCCAUAAUGAAUAGCCCUUGUCGACGGGGGGUGGUGUCUAGCCCUUCCACUGUGAGGCUGUCUCCCACUAGCCCUAUGACCGUCAAGAGAAACCAUAGAGGAGAAACUCUGCUCCAUAUUGCUUCUAUUAAGGGUGACAUACCAUCUGUUGAACACCUCCUCCAAAAUGGAAGUGACCCAAAUGUUAAAGACCAUGCUGGAUGGACUCCAUUGCACGAAGCCUGUAAUCAUGGACAUCAGAAGGUUGUGGAGCUGCUGUUACAACACAAGGCUUUGGUAAACACCACUGGCUACCAGAAUGACUCACCACUUCAUGAUGCGGUCAGAAAUGGGCACGUGAACAUUGUCAAGCUGUUACUGUCCCAUGGAGCCUCUCAAAACUCGGUAAACAUAUUUGGUCUCCGGCCUGUGGAUUAUGCAGAGACUGAAACUAUGAGAUCCGUAUUGUUGCUGCCCGAGGAGAGUGAAAUACACAAAAUUAGCCAUUGCUCAGGUCCCGUGAAUGCUAGCCAGCGAAGAGAUAACCCCCUCAUACUCCUCAGCAGUGGCCUCACUUCAGAUCAGCAACAGUUGCUAAAUAAGCUUGCAGCAGUUCUUAAGGCUAAAAAGUGUACUGAGUUUAAUAGCGCAGUCACUCAUAUCAUUGUUCCUGGCGAUACAAUCCAAAGAACCAUGAAGUGUAUUCUCGGCAUCAUCAGUGGGUGCUGGAUCCUAAAAUUUGAUUGGGUAAAAGCCUGUCUAGAAAGCAGAAUGUGUGAACUAGAGGAAAAGUAUGAAAUGCCUGGUGGUCCACAGAGAAGCAGGCUCAACAGAGAACAGCUGCUGCCAAAGUUAUUUGAUGGCUGUUACUUCUAUUUUGAGGGGACUUUCAAGCAUCAUUCCAAGGAUGAGCUUAUAAAACUGGCCAAAGCAUCUGGAGGGCAGGUUCUCAAUAGAAAGCCAAAACCAGACAGUGACGUGACUCAGACGAUCAAUACAGUAUCAUACCAUGCCAGACCUGACUCUGAUCAGCGGUUCUGCACACAGUAUAUCAUCUAUGAUGCCAUCUCUAAUUAUCAUCCAGAGAGGGUUCGUCAGGGCAAAGUCUGGAUGGCUCCUUCCAACUGGUUUAUAGACUGCUUGAUGUCAUUUCAGGUGCUCCCUGUUACCAAGUGAAAGCCACACUCUCCCCCAGAUGAGCACAAUUUCACCUGGGAUUUGGGGCAGAAACACGGCAGCUAUACUUAGCUUUGUUGACCAGUCACAUUGUUGUGAAGAAGUUGGCACCAUUCAAGAUUUGUCUUAGUCGAAUUUUUAAAAUCUAUUUUGUUAGUGCUUAUUUGUGAAUAUUAGAAUUCAGUACAUGUUUUCCACUUAGAUACUGUGACUGCUUUGAAAA